AUGUUGAUCGACACGGGCGCGGAGAUCACAUUCAUCACUGCUUCUCUCGUGCAGCAACUCAAGCUUCACCGGGAAGCAUCGGUAAUACCGAUCAUCGGGAUCGGCGGGACGCAUUCGGGCCACACGCGCGGGGUGGUUAGCGUAAAGCUUCGGUCUAUGCACUCAUCGGACAUUGUCUCAAUAAAAGCUCACAUUUUGUCAAAGUUAAUGCCUACUCUCCCUUCAUUUACACCUCCUAACAUCUCACUUUCUCAUCUGCAAGGUCUUCCACUUGCAGACCCGGAAUUUCUCUCACCAGGGUCCAUCGAUUUAAUUCUCGGGGCUGACAUCUAUGGGCAACUCAUUCGGGAGCAGAUCAAGCGGGGGCCUCACGGCACACCGAUUGCACAGAAUACGGUUUUCGGGUGGAUCGUUCUCGGUCCUAUGGACUCUUCUCAACAGUCAGCCGGGUUGGUUCAUCACGCUGCAGUGGAUCACGGGUAUCAGGAGCUUCAGGAUCUCCUCACACAGUUUUGGGUACAGGAAGAAGUCUCGGGCUCGGGCGAAUCGCACCUCACUCCUGACGAGCAGGAAUGUGAGACUCAUUUCUUGACGACACACAAACGGAACUCAGACGGGCGGUACGUCGUCAGAUUGCCGGUUAAAUCCGCAUCGGGGACAUUGGGCGGGUCUUUUCACACAGCUUCUUCCUGUCUCCAUCGACUACAAUGCAAACUCAAUCGGGAUUCAAGCUACAAGGGCCUCUACGACACGUUUCUCGGGGAAUACGAAUCAUUGGGGCACAUGACUCGAGUCUCGGGCAAUCACGCCCCGCUCGGGCCCAUUUACUACUUGCCGCACCACGGGGUGCUUACCACAAAGUUACGUGUUGUAUUCAACGGGUCGUGCAAUACAGAUUCGGGAAUUUCGCUUAACGACAUUCUGCACACGGGCGCGAAACUGCAGCGAGAUAUUUCGGACGUUCUCUUGUGGGUCAGACGACACCGUUUCGUCUUCGCGACCGACAUCGUUAAGAUGUUCCGGCAAAUUCGGGUUCACGAAAGUGAUUGGGACUUACAACGCAUUUUAUGGGUGGACGAGGGCGGGCGGGUCGUUUCAUUCCAUCUCACCACGGUCACUUACGGUACUCGGUCAGCACCAUUUCUCGCGGGACGGGCCCUGGAUCAACUGGUUACAGACGAGGGCGGGAAAUAUCCCGAAGCUGUCGCCCCUCUUACAAAGGGGCGAUAUGUGGACGAUAUUUACGGCGGUGCUGACCAGCUCGCAGAUCUCAUCACGCAAGCGGAGCAACUCAUCGGGAUUUGUACAGCGGGCUGCUUUCCUCUGGCCAAGUGGCAGAGCAAUCAUCCGGAGCUUCUCACGGCGGUCGGAGCGACCUCAUCAACGGAAAACGCUCGGGUAUUUGAAGAAUGGGAGACAAAAGUCCUUGGUCUCGCAUGGCUUCCUCACACGGACGUGUUCAAAUUCACGGUUCACAAGUACACAGCCGGGGACGGAAUCACGAAACGCAUCAUUCUCUCGGAGAUCGCACAAUUAUACGAUCCAUUGGGUUUUCUCUCACCGGUAACGAUUCGGGCCAAAGUUCUCUUACAAAGGCUUUGGUUAGAAAAGUUAAAUUGGGAUGACCUUGUGUCAACGGAAGUUCGCAACUCUUGGGUCGCGUUUCGGCAGGAACUAUCGCAUCUCGGGACGGUUUCGGUACCGCGGUGGCUCAACAUCGCGACGGGUACAUCGGUCGAACUACACGGGUUUUCGGAUGCAUCUCAACUAGCAAUGGGCGCAGCUGUGUACGUUCGGGUUUCGGGCGCGGGUAAUCAAACAACGGUCUCACUAGUCUGCGCUAAGACUAAGGUCGCACCGAUCAAACGGCUCACAAUUCCUCGGUUGGAGCUCGCAGCAGCGGUGCUGCUUGCUAAACUCACACACCACGUGCAAAACGUGCUGGGCCUUGAUGACUCACGGGUAUACCUAUGGACGGACUCAAUGGUAACGCUCACUUGGGUCACUUCUCAUCCUUCACGGUGGAAGGAUUUUGUUCGGAAUCGGGUAUCACUGGCACAGGAGCUCGUGCCACGGGCCCAAUGGAGAUUCACACCGGGUCGGGACAAUCCAGCGGAUUGCGCAUCACGGGGGCUAACCAUCUCACAACUCGUGCGACAUUCAUCAUGGUGGGACGGGCCUCACUGGUUAGCCAAAGACUCAUUCCAUUGGCCAACUCAUCGCAUCGGGACGGGGGACGCAGCGGCGCUCGAAGAGCGGCCAGGUCUUACACUCUCACUCGCAACAUCACCCUCACCGGUUUACGAUCUCAUCUUGAAAUACUCAUCUCUCACACGGUUGUUGCGAAUCACCUCAUGGCUCUUCAAGGUGAUUACAAACCUGAAAAGAGCGGGCGACGAGCUUAAAACACUCACAUCGGGCUACACUCUCCCGAAAUCGCAUCCGAUCACGCGAUUAACGGGCUUCAUAGAUCAUCAAGGCAUUCUCAGGGUGGGAGGACGGCUGAAGCACUCAGCCUUACAACCUGAUUGCAAGCACUCAGUCAUUCUCCCUCGGGACUCACCACUUACGGCACUUCUCAUCGCUGAUGCCCACGAGCGCACUCUCCACGGCGGGACUCAACUCACUUUGGCUUAUCUACGGCAGAGCUGCUGGAUCAUCGGCGGGCGUGGGCCAGUACGCUCAUACAUUUUGCGUUGCGUGCGGUGCGCGCGCUUCCGGGCGCUCAAGGCACAGCAACUAAUGGGUCAGUUGCCAAUCUCACGGGUUACGCCGGCAAGGCCGUUUCUCUUCUCGGGGGUCGACUACGCGGGGCCAGUUUCACUCAAAAGCUGGCGCGGGCGUGGGAGCAAAUGUCACAAAGGCUGGUUGUGCAUUUUCGUUUGUUUCGCUACCUCCGCUAUGCACCUUGAAGUUGUUACAGAUUUAACCACGGACGGGUUCCUCGCAGCACUCAGACGGUUCACGGGCAGACGCGGGAUUCCGCACACGAUCCAAAGUGAUUGCGGAACCAACUUUCAGGGUGCAGCAGCGGAGCUACGACAAUUAUUCAAAACGGGUACACGGGAAUCCGAACUCAUUCAGCACACUGGGGCAACUGACGGGAUUAAAUGGGUGUUCAACCCACCGGGGGCACCUCAUAUGGGCGGAAAAUGGGAGGCCGCAGUAAAAUCGGUCAAGUAUCAUCUCCGGCGGACGAUUGGGGAUGCCAGUCUCACGUUUGAAGAAUUUACGACUCUUCUCACACAAAUUGCGGGCAUACUCAACUCGCGGCCGUUGGAGCCUCUGUCGGAUGACCCGGAUGAUUAUUCGGUUCUCACCCCUGGGCAUUUUCUCAUCGGGGACACACUCACCUCCAUUCCUGAGCCCUCAUUACGGGAUGUGCCUCAAGGUCGCCUCACACGGUGGCAAUGGCUCCAGGAACGGGUUCAAUACUACUGGGAGCACUGGUCAUCAGGAUACCUGCAACGGCAGCAGGCUAUAUCAAAAUGGCAUCAUCCGAGUCACGACAUCCGGGUCGGGUCUAUGGUUCUACUCAUGAACGAAAACACGGCACCCACAAAGUGGCCACGGGCACGGGUCACACAACUACAUCCGGGAAAGGACGGGCUCACACGGGUGGUUACUCUCAAAACGGCGACGACCACACUCACACGGCCUAUCACCAAACUGGCACUCUUGCCAGUGCCUCAACCGGGAUCAAUCGACAGCACUGCUGCCGAUGGCGGGCGGAAUGUUCAGGAUUGA